AUGCCUAUAGGAUCUACAGAUGAUAGAUGGCACCCUUUAUUUAAAGGAAGAUGUCAACCGUUUGCAGCUUUAGGAGAUGACCCAGUUCUAGGAAAUAUUCAGAACAAUUGGACAAAUUUGUUCUUAUGGAAUAAGUUUGGACAUUUGAAGAAUGAUGAAAGCAUAGCUAAUUCUAUAUUAGGAUAUGAGAGUUUAAGUACUCAGAAUCUAAAUGAAAUAAAAGAAUUAACGAAACAUUUAGAUAAAGAUUUUGAUGAUAUCAAAGAAGAACUUAAGAACUUAGCUUCUAAGGAAGAUUUAGAUCAAAUAAAACAGAAGAUAAAAGAUAGGUUGUAUGAAAGGAAAAUAGAGACGAAGAUUAAUAAUCUCACUGAAAGGAUAAAGGGGGUAGAAAGGAAUAUAGAAGAAAUACUGAAAAGAAAUCAUAUAUUUGGUUCUGUUCGCUUUGGUCCCAUACACCCCACCUCACCGAACUCACUUCUCUCUCUUUCCCCUCCUCCGCCUGUCUACGCCUCUCGGAAAACACCACCUACGCCGAUAAGGGCUUCAAAUCUCCAGCAGCUUGCGGAAGUGGAAAGCAGUUGGUUGCGUUCACUUCACCGCAAAGGUAUUCUAGUAAUGGAUCUAUCUAUUGAAGUAAAAAUUGAAACUGAGAACCUAAAACCAGAAGGAAUCGAAGUAAAAGCUUGUUGUUGUAAACAUUGCAUCGAUGACGUAUCACAAGCGUCACUAGAAAAGAACAAGUUAAACUUGAAGCACCAUGAGUUUGUCCUUGAUUUGGCUUACCAACGCUCACCAUCAAUCAAUGCGGCAAGUUAUGAGAUAGCUGACUAUAAGUGGUUGUCUUUGGUUGCUGAAACCUCAUGGAUGCCAAUUGGAGGCCCACUGCCCCAGGCAGAGAACAUGUCAUGGACACAGCGAUGGCCAGGGAGUACCAUAGAGUAUGCAUUGCAGAGUGAGAUAAGCAUGGAGACAUUAAAGAGACAUCUUCCAUUUUCUGGUCAAGAGGGACUACAAGAACUCAAGAAAAUUGCCGUACGGUUUGAGGAAAAGAUCUAUACUGCUGCAACGAGUCAGUCUGAUUAUCUGCGAAAAAUAUCUCUGAAGAUGCUUACUAUGGAGACCAAGUCUCAACCCAAUUCUUUGCCAUCCAACUCCGCUGGCAAUGGUAACAAACCCCUGGAUCCAGGAGCAUCUCACGGCAUCCAGCCUCAAGUUCACAAUCAAGGGCAGUCACUCCCCAUCUCAUUGUCCGCUAAUCAGUCUCAAGCACGUCAGCAAUUGUUAUCACAGAACAUACAGAAUAGUAUGGCAUCUAAUGGAGUUCAAAGUUCUGCCGGUUUAGCAUCAGCAAUGCCUCCUGUCUCUAGUUUAACUCAGGCUAUCCCCAACACAGUUGGCCAGAAUCCUAACAUGCAGAGUAUCUCUGGUGUUUCGCAGAACCCAGUGGGGAAUUCAAUGGGACAAGGGGUGCCCUCCAGUAUGUUUGCCAAUUCUCAGAGACAAAUGGCAGGUAGGCAACAGGUUGUUCCUCCUCAGCAACAACAGCAGUCUCCAAAUCCUCAGCAGUUUCUUUAUCAGCAGCAGUUACAACAGCAUCUUUUGAAGCAGAAGCUUCAACAGGGAAAUCUCCAGCACUCACUUGUGCAAUCUCACAUCCAGCAGCAGCAGCAGCAGCAACAACAACAGCAGCAGCAGCAGCAAAACCUGUUGCAGUCAAAUCAGUUGCAAUCUUCUCAGCAAUCUGGUCUGCAAACAUCAUCUGUUAUGCAGCCUUCAAUGAUGCAAUCGGCUCCUAUAUCUGGUCUUCAACAGAAUCAACCAUCUUCUAUUCAACAGUCAACACAACCCAUGCUUCAGCAACAUCCACAAUCAGUCCUCAGGCAGCAGCAACAAUCGCAACAGGCUGCUGGUAUUCAUCAGCAGCAAACACCAAUGAUGCAGCAGCCACUAUUGUCUACACAGCAGCAGCUAAUGGGGCAACAUUCAAAUGCCACUAACAUGCCGCAGAGUCAGUUAAUUGGACAACAAAACAUUGUUGGGGACUUGCAGCAGCAGCAGCAGAGGUUGCUAGGCCAGCAGAAUAACCUUCAAAAUCUACAGCAGCAGCAGCAGCAGUUAAUGGCUCAACAAAAUAACCUCUCAAGCAUGCAUCAGCAACAGUUGGGCCCUCAAAUUAAUAUCUCUGGCUUACAGCAGCAGCAGUUGCUUGGAGCUCAGUCUGGUAACUCAACCAUGCAACCUAAUCAGCACUCUGAACAUAUGCUGCAACAGCCCAAGGUUACAAUGCAGCAACAAGCACAACAAAAUGCAAGUACUUUGUUGCGAAAUCAAGGGCAGCAGUCACAGCAGCAAUUGAUGUCACAGAUCCAGGAGCUAAAUAAUGCAGCCAAGCUUAGAAUUUCUAAUUUUUGUGUUGUUAUCGCUCUUUUAUUUCUUUUCUUUUUUGCUGCAUGCUGCUAUGUAAGCCUCAUGGAGUUAUUAAUUGCUCAUUAA